AUGAUCUGGAUUUUUAUUUUUGGUCUCCUGUAUUUUCCCAAUUUUGUGUGUGCCUUUACUAACCAUGAAUGCUAUGGAAAAAUCAAGGAAGAUUUUCACCGUGAAGAAGAUGUGAAGCUUGGUGCUUUUUUCCCUCUUCAUAUUGUUUAUACAACCAAAACCAGUCUAAAGGAUACCCAUUUCCAUGAUGCUACCCUACAGUAUAAGUUUAAGAACUACCAGUUUGUACUGUCCCUGGUAUUUGCCAUUGAGGAAAUCAACCGAAACCCUAAUCUUCUACCCAACACAACUCUUGGCUUUGAUCUCUAUAAUGUUGCACCUUAUGAAACAAAUAUCCUUUUAGUUCCUUUUGUUUGGCUCACAAUGUUGAGACAACCACUAGCUAAUUACAACUGUGGACUGAGGAGAAUGUCACCUGCUGCACUUACAGGAACAUCAUGGAAAAUAUCUUCCCAACUUGGGAAACUGCUACAACUUUACAAAAUACCUCAGCUCACAUUUGGGCCUUUUGAUUCUACCUUAAAUGACCGAGGUCAGUUUAAUUCUUUCUAUCAGAUGGCCCCUAAGGACACAUAUCUGUCAACUGCCAUAGUUUCUUUGAUGCUUCAUUUCAGCUGGUCCUGGGUUGGUCUGAUCCUCCCAGAUGACCACAGAGGGAUCCAGAUUCUGUCAGACUUGCAAGAAGAUAUGGAGAGUAACAACAUCUGCUUAGGCUUUUUGGAAAUGAUCCCUAGUACCUGGAAUGCAUAUUCCAGUGCAUUAUGGAAAGAUCUGAUAAAGACUCAAGAAUCAUCAACUAAUGUGGUAGUUAAUUAUGGGGACUUUGUUUCUUUGCAAGGUUUAAUGAGACUUAUUGGGGAAUUGUUAGUGACAUGGAAAGUCUGGAUCCUAAACUCUCAAUGGGAUGUUAGUUACAAUUUUGAUUAUUUCAUGUUAGAGUCAUUCCAUGGGAGCCUCAUUUUUUCACACCACCAUGAAGAGAUGGUUGACUUUACAAAUUUUGUUCAAACAGUUAAUCCCUACAAAUACUCAGAAGACACUUAUCUUCCUAAGUUUUGGUUUCUGUUUUUCAAGUGCUCAUUUUCUGAGUCUGAUUGUCAACUUUUGGAAAACUGCCAACCCAAUGCUUCUUUGGACUUACUGCCCAGACACCUUUUUGACCCUGUCAUAAGUGAAGAGAGCUGCAAUAUAUACAAUGCUGUCUAUGCUGUGGCCUUCAGUCUCCAUGAGAUGAAUCUUCAGCAAAUAGAGACACAACCAUAUACUAAUGAAGAAGAAAAGGAAUUCUUCCCCUGGCAGCUCCUACCUUUCCUAAAGAACACCCUACUGAAAAAUCCUGUGAGAGGUCGCAUGGUAAUUGAUGGGAGAAAACACUUAGAUUCAGACUAUGACAUUCUCAAUUUUUGGAAUUUUCCAAAGGGUCUUGGAUUAAAGGUGAAAAUAGGAACCUUUUCUUCAGAUGCUCCCCUUGGUCAACAGUUGUCUUUAUCUGAGCAGAUUAUUCAGUGGCCUGCAACAUUUACAAAGAUUCCUCAAUCUGUGUGCAGUGAGAGCUGUAGGCCUGGAUUCAGGAAGUCUGCCAGGGAAGGCAAGGCUGUCUGCUGCUUUGAUUGCACUCCUUGUGCAGACAAUGAGAUUUCCAAUGAGACAGAUAUGGACCAAUGUGUGAUGUGUCCAGAAAGUCACUAUGCAAACUCAGAGAAGAACCACUGCCUCCAGAAAUCUGUGAGCUUUUUAUCCUAUGAAGAUCCUUUGGGGAUGGCUCUCACCACCACAUCACUGUGCUUCUCUGCAAUCACAGUUGUGAUUCUUGUAGUCUUUUUGAAGCAUAGAGACACACCCAUUGUCAAGGCCAAUAAUAGAGCUCUCAGCUACACCCUGCUAUUGGCAUUCAGCAUCUGUUUCCUCAGUUCCUUGCUCUUCAUUGGCCAGCCCAACACAGUCACCUGCAUCAUGCAGCAGAAAGCAUUUGGAAUCUUGUUCACUGUGGCUCUCUCCACAGUAUUGGCCAAAGCUAUCACAGUGUUUAUUGCUUUCAAGGUCACUGUUUCAGCUAGAUUGGUGAGGUGGUUAAUGGUAUCAAGGGCCCCUAACUUCAUCAUUCCCAUCUGCACACUGAUCCAAUUUGUUCUCUGUGGAAUAUGGCUGGUUAUCUCUCCACCCUUCAUUGAUCAUGAUGCUCAUGCUGAACAUGGCCACAUCACCAUUGUGUGCAACAAAGGAUCAGUAGUAGCCUUCCACUGUGUCCUGGGAUACAUCUGCACCUUGGCACUUGGGAGCUACACCAUGGCCUUCUUGUCCAGAAAUUUGCCUGACACAUUCAAUGAAGCCAAGUUCCUGUCAUUCAGCAUGCAGGUGUUCUUCUGUGUGUGGGUCACCUUCCUCCCUGUCUACCACAGCACAAAGGGGAAGGUCAUGGUGGCUAUGGAAGCCUUCUCUGUCUUGGCUUCCAGUGAAGCUCUCCUUGGUUUGAUCUUUGUCCCCAAGUGCUACAUCAUUUUGUUAAGACCAGAUAAGAACUCCUGUCUUGACAUCAGGCACAAAACCCAUUCAAGAAAGAAGUCAUUUAAAAUUUAGUUAAAAUUACAAUUAACCUAUGUUAAUAAAUUAAAUACAAUGACAAAACCAGUACCACACCAUUCUAAAUCUCUUAUUCAGGUAGAAUAUGAUGAGAGUAUGAUGGUUCCUCAUUUAUUUGUACUAAAGUCUCUCUGAACUGAAACCAUUAUUUUUAACCUAUGUUUAAAAUUCAUGUAUUACUAUUUGUAAUAAAAUUUCUGUUUCCUUUAUUGGUCUGAACCCCAAAAGUAUAACAGUGUGGAAUAAACUCAUGGAUAUCUGUGUGCCUUUGCCUACAAAAUGCUGGUGUUGAAGAUGUGUCUCCAUGUUGCCAGCCAUGUGGUAUUUAUUUGAUUCUAAUCUGAGAGCUGGAUUCUGAGGAGAUGAAGGAGAGGGCUGC